UCCCGAUGGCGUGCGCCUGAAGUGAUUGGAAUCGAGCGUGACCCUGAAAGACCUACCUUCAAGAGUGACGUCUAUUCAUUUGGUAGCGUCAUGUUCUUUGUAUCAUCUCGGGUGAUGCACCAUGGAAAGAGAAGAGGCAUUCGCAUCAAAUUACGAUUGAGCUAUCGAAACGAACCAUGCAUGCGCGUCCCGACAGCAUUCUUGACAAUCACUGGAACUUAAUACAAAAAUGCUGGUCUUGGGACCCCGUGGAUCGUCCAGGGGCAGCGGAAGUCACUCAAUCCUCUGCAACGAAUACUAUUCGUCCAGGGGCAACAGAAGUCACUCGACCCUUUGCAAUGAACAACACUCGUCUAGGGGCAGCAGAAGUCCCUCGACCCUCUGCAAUGAACAAUGUUCGUCCAGGGGCAGUAGAAGUCACUCGAUCCUCUGGCAUAAAAACUAUAAUCAUUUUUGGAGAGAGUAACGUCGGGAAAAGCUCCAUCAUCAACCUCCUCGCCAGGAGGAAGGUCGCUAGGACCUCUCUAGACACCAGGCAUUGUACAUUGCGUUAUGAAGCAUAUGAUGUCAUCAUCGGCAACGUGCCAUAUCGCAUCUAUGAUACUGCCGGGAUCGACGACGACCGCAUGGACCCUGUCGGAUUUCUUGACGCCGUCACGAAUGCUCACAAGCUGAUGAAAGAGCUGAAGACGAAAGGAGGACCCCAUCUGCUGCUAUACUGCAUGAAGGCGGGCAGGAUACAACCAUCGUUUGCUGCCAUCUACAGGCUAUUCUAUGAAUUUCUCUUCGAGGAGAAGAUACCAGUUGCGCUCGUCGUUACUCACCUGGAGAGGGAGGAUCCCAUGGAUGAGUGGUACACGCGAAACAAGGGGUCGUUCGAGCGCCAUGCGGUCAAGUGUAUUGAUCAUGCUUGUAUCACUGCGGCCGAAAAUAUGGACCCAAGAUACAAGAAGAAGUACAACACGUCCAGAGAAGCAGUGGGCGACUUGAUCAGACGCCAUGUGCAUGAGGUGGAGAACUGGGAUGGAGGGGAAGGGUGGCUUAGCAGGGAUGGAGGGGAAGGGUGGCUUAGCAGGUUCAUUGGAAAGUCGAAAGACCUCUCAACGGGGCGUCCAAGCAAGUCAGACGUUUUCGGCGUCCUCACGAAACGCUGCGGGAUGGAAGAGAGUCUAGCAAAAGACGUGAUUCGAAGACUUAACAGGUGACAGGACUUCGCCUAGUAUCGAUCCCUAGACUGGACGACUUAAUAUUAACGAAGACCCAGCAAGCGGUGAAAUCCAGCGCUGAAGCAAGCAGCAGCCGGGUUACGACGUCAGAGCAAGCUACCAGCCAACAUCAAUUUAUGUAAAUCAAUCACGAUGCAAGAACCACGUGAACAGCCAAAGCAGACAUUUGACCGAGUGAUAUCAAUACAGCACGUAUCGAAAACAUAAAUCCAAGCCGCAAAAAACGACAGAUGGUUGAAAAAUGCAUGUCAGAAAAAUGAUGAGAUGAUGUGAGUCGUCGCAGGUCGUCAAAAGUAAAUGAUCAUC